CCAUCAAGUGACCAUCAAGAAAGAGAAACCAAAAGCCUUGACAGCUUUUGCCUCAAGGUCCACGGGAUCCUAAGGCCAGGUCAUCAUGGGCAGGUGACCAGGACAUUCUGGUUCCAGUUCAACCAUCCCAGCCCUGCGAUUGUGUCUGCAGAAUCACAGGCCGUGGGACAGAAGGCGACUUGUGGCAACAAGAACUUUAUCAGAACCCACAGGAAGCCACCCAGCUGCUCAGUGCCUCCGGCCAACGCCUUCUUCUGAAGUCCCACUUGAGCAGAGGUCAGAGGGAUCCGAGAGAGAGAUGAUGGUGCCCGUGACCCAGGUGCUGGCCUUCGGUGCUUGGCUGGUGGCACAGAGCAUGGCUACAGCAAGUGGCCCCACCAUCUCCAUCUUCCUGAAGCCGCCUGGGACGAUCCCACCGGGAGGCUCCACCACCAUCUGCUGCAGUUGCAAGUGUGACAAUGGGCACUUUGUGCUGUUCAGGGUUGGCCGCAGGGUCGAUAUCCAGCCCAGGCUGCGCGGCGGCACGGCCGAGUUCUCCAUCUCUAAAGCCACCCAAGGGGACGCAGGUGGCUACAACUGUCAUUACGUGGCUGGAGACACUGUGCUGGCUCGCAGUGAAACGGUGGAAGUCCUGGUGACGGAGUUCCGUCUCCCUGAACCUGUCCUCUCUGUCUGGCCUGGGCACGAUGUGGAGGCAGGAGAAGAUGUGGUUUUCCGUUGCACCAUCACACACCCCGAGGCUGGCUGUUACCUCUACCUGGAGGGCUGGCUCACAGAAUUAAAAUUUCUCUCAAACGGAGCAGAUUACAAACUCUCCGGCGUGCACAAAGGCUCCGAGGGUCGCUACAGCUGCCAGUGUAGGGUCGCCAAGGGUGCGUCGUUUGAAUGGUCUGCUGUCAGCAAGCCCCUGGAUUUGAUGGUGAGAGGUGACACCCUGGAUUUGAUGGUGAGAGAUUACACCUGGACCAACGUGGUGCGCCUGGCGCUGGGGGCCGGGGUCCUGCUGCUGCUGGGGCUGAUCGUGGCCGAGGCCGUGUGCGCGGCCCCCCCCCGGCUGCCGGAGCCGGAGGGGCCAGCACCCUCCCUGUACGUGGAGCUCCCCCUGACUGGGACCAGUAUGGGAGCACUGGGAUUGCCCGCCCCUGGGAGCACUCCGGGAGGAGGGGGGCCGGGGCGUCAGGAGGGGGGUUCCCCCCCGUCCGUGUGUCCAUGUCCCCCUGUCCCACACCGGGAGCAGCGCCCGACCCCAGGGGAGGUGGGGGGGGCAGAAUAACCACUCUCCUUCCAUUGCUCACAUUCGUUUAUUAUUUUAAAACACUGACAAAACACAUCACACCAUGAUCUAUAUAUAUAAAUUUACUUUUAUACAGGUAUAAAUUUAUAUAUAUAGGACCUUUAAACCUCUGUAUACUCAGGACACAAAGUUCCAGAAUAGCUUCACUGGCUACAACGAAAGUAUUUUUGUUAUGAAAACACAAAGAGGAGGAGCCAAUGUCAAAAAGGCGGAAUAAAUAAAUUAAAAACGAGUGCAAAAUGAA